AUGACGAUCCUGAGCAAAGCCAUAGGUAGGUACGCACCUAUGUUCUUCACCGGCGUGGAGACUAAGCUAUACAUCCAGGCCUUAGCCGACCAGAGCUUCAAGUGUGACGCCUACUUGUGCUACGACGUGUUGCUGCUGUCGUUCGGAAUGCGGCAGAAAGCUGUCGCGUUCGCGUUUAGAGAUUUGUUUUGUUCAGAGUGCCAGUUCAAAAUGGACAGGAUAAAGAGAGUAGUGAUAUAG